AUGUCAUUCCUCAAUAGCUUGGAAAGGUCGAAAGGAUUUUUGCUGUCCCCAGCAGGACUUUUCUACGUUCCCUCCCCUGAUCCUCGUCCAAUACACCUACUCUUAUUGCCCUCCUCAUAUUUCCCCAGAACCAUGCGACUCCAACCAUACCUCACAAGCCGUACUCCGAUUAGUAACCAGUUUAUAAAUUCCCUUGUUCUUGCAGGACUAUGCAGAGAACAUUCUCUAUGGAAAAGAAGAUUUUCAAGACUGUCGAGACACUCCUCUCACACCGCCGCUAUACAACCAUCGCAGAAUACACCAGAACAACACAAGGUUGCUCAUAAGAGCGAUUUAGUGGGACAAGCAGCGGAACCACAUCAUACAAAACCCCUUAUGCCAAAAGAACCGGGAAAAGAGGCUUCUAUAGGGACCGAUCACAAAUUUCAUACUUGCACCUUAACCCCAGAUUUCGCCAUAGACCACGCCUCAUUUAAAAGAGCCGCUGCUUCCAAACUAGCCAAUACAAAACACCUAUUUAGACUUUAUCUCGAGAUCUUGGGCAAAGAGGAAGGAUUAAAGUCUCUUCAGGUUGUUUUAUCCAACCCAGCCAGAGAAAUAAGUUUGCCCCAACAGAAACCACGGGAACGAUAUCGCCCUGACACUGUUGAAAUCCAUGGAGUUCAGCGGAUAGUAGACUUAUUGAACGAUGAGAAUAGCUCCAAUCAACAAAUCUUUAGAGCGUAUAAAGACCUUCCAUCGCCGGGUGUAUUAUAUCUUUCUACUCGAACCCGAAGACUCUUAUUGCAUCGCUUCGCGAGCCCGCCCCGGCGCUUGCCUAUUCAUGCGGAACGAUAUCUGAAAUUAAUUGAUGAUAUGGCAGAAGCUUCAUUUUACAUAUCGCCCUCGUUAUGGACCGCUGCAAUUCAUCUGACAGGGAAAUCCUAUACUUCGGUAAAGAAAUGCGAUCUCAGAUCGUCACUUGGCAUGUGGAGGCGUAUGGAAUACGAAGGCUUGGUACCUAGCUCAAGCAUAGCAUUCAAUAUAUUAUAUGAUAUUGCUAUCAAAGCCAGGCAGUGGAAAGUUGCCGACAAGAUUAUAGAGGAGAUGAAGGCCCGAGGACUGAAGCUCUCCCGCUUCGGGAGAGUGGCUCACAUAUUUUCUUUCGGACUACGCGGAGAUGCCGAAGGUAUUCGAAAUUCCUAUUAUGAAUUUAUUCGAUUGGGCGAAGUCGUUGAUACCGUGGUUCUAAACUGUGUCAUGGUUUCCCUACUUCGGUGCGGGGAGCAGCAUGUUGCAGAGAAGAUGUACGAGCGCAUGAAGGACAUGUACAUUACGCUAAAAGAGCAGAACCCGGAAAUCCUAGGUUCGAGUGUAUACCCUUCACCAUCCGACAACUAUACUGCCUAUAGGAAGGCAACCAAAAGGCUUGGCCGUGUACUUGGGAUGACAACUUUUCUGCAUGAUAAACUUCCAGAACAUCACCGGGCGUUACAACGGGCAAUGCCAUUGACGCCCGAUGCAAAAACCUUCCACAUAUUUUUGUGGCACCAUGCAAAUGUUACAGGCGACCUAGCACGCGUUAUGGCCCUACUUAGGGACAUGAGAGGAACAUUUUCUAUUCCCCCACAAGGGAUGAUCUAUAUAUUUUUGUUCCACGGCUUCGCUGCACAUGGAUGGAAAGCAGGAACCGCAUGGACAUUCAAGCGGCUUAAGGGGGUAUGGAAACAUUUCCUUCGAGCUCUCUAUCAUUCCAAAGCUGAACUUAGUGCCAAGCGAAGUGUCAAAAGUCGGAGGGAGAAGUUCGUGUGGGAAAACCCAUUAACCGAUAAACCAUACUCAUCUUCCCGUGAACCUGAAAGGGCUGAACAAGCAGACGACGAAAGGGCAGAGUCCGGAUCACACAAUAAGGAGAGGGCCAGUGAGAGCCAAGCUCAUUCGUCGAACCCUUCGAAUGGCAAUGGAUCCCCCAACCCUUUUGAAGAAACAGAUGACGACUGGAGGUAUAAGAACUCUGUAUACUUGGGUCGAAAACUCAUCGUUUCCUGCCUACGUGCGCACGCUUCUUGUGGCGGACCCGAAGCUGUCCUUGACGUCUGGGCAAAGAUCGAACGUCUUUGGAAGCCCGAGAUGCAGAAAAAGUCAGAUAUUCUGGCUGUUAGGACGGUUCUUGAACAGCUUGUCCCCAUCAAUCUUAGAGCACGCAAAUGA